CCGCCAUCUUGAUAUUCCCAAAACAACCACGCCGACCUGUGCGUUCAUCACCAGUUUCGUGGCUGUAAGAAAACAUUCCACAGACAGGGGACGCUAAUCUGCUGAAAUUGGCGGCUACCAUAAAACCACCGAAGAAGAAUUUCCCUGUGUAAACAUUGCGCAAGCGUGUGUUGUUUAUAAACAUCGUGCGUCCCAUUUCGGCGUGUGUUGUCAUUGACCGCGUCAGAGAAUGGACUUGGAAAACAUCACACCAUAUUACUUCGGAGAUAUCAGCUGCUGGUCCGAGAGAACCGAGGUCCACAAGGCGGCGUCGCUCGGCCAGGCUUCCCACCUGCAGCACCUCAUCCAGUGCGGAGCGUCCGUCAACAUCGUGGCGGUGGACUCCAUCACGCCCUUGCACGAGGCCUGCCUGCGCGGACAGGCGCAGUGCGCCCGGUUGCUUCUGGACGCCGGGGCACAGGUGGAUGCGAGGAAUGUGGAUGGCAGCACCCCGCUGUGCGAGGCCUGCUCAGUGGGCAGUUUGGAGUGUGUGAGGCUUCUGCUGGAGCGAGGCGCCAAGGCCAACCCCGCCCUCACCUCUCGCACUGCCUCACCCCUCCACGAGGCCUGCAUGGGCGGCAACUCGGACUGCGUGAAGCUCCUGAUCGCUGAGGGUGCUUGUCUGGAGGCGUACGACCUUUAUUACGGGACCCCGCUGCACGUAGCCUGCGCUAACCGACACACGUGCUGUGUGAAAGAACUUCUAAAUGCUGGCGCCAAAGUGAACGCCGCCCGGCUGCACCAGACGGCGCUGCACCACGCCGCAAAGAACGCGCACGCGGAAAUGAUCGAGACCCUCGUGGACUUCGGUGCCAACAUUUACGCGCGGGACAAACACAACAAGAAACCCGUGGACUACGCCACGCCGGGCUCUCCGGCCGCAACGUGCCUGCGCUCCCACGAGGCCGUUCCCAUGAGCCUGCAGCAACUCUGCCGGUUGGCAGUGCGACAGAAGCUGGGCACCAGGGCGCUGAAGGUCGUAGUUCAACUCCAGAUACCAAAACUCCUUAUCAGCUACCUCCGUUAUCAGUGAUUUGACGCCUGAAGAGCAUUUGGAUGAUUGUCUUAACAGAACAAACAACCAAAAAAAAUGUGACUGGAAAGUCAUUAAAAAAAUAUUAAAAAAAGCACUACAUUAAUUUAGCACUCUCUUAAUAUAAUUUUAAAAAUUCUCAUGCACUGUGUCUUACAAAGAUAUGUGUGCAUGUGUGUCUAAAUAUAUUUCUGUUUACUUGAAUUUAUUUUAGGCAGAAAUGCACUUAUCACCAGAUUUAGCGACGCGCUCGUACGCUUGGAGAAUACACAAUAGAACACAGAUUUCCAAAUAUGGUAGCCGCUUGCAUUUGCACAUCUUCAUUUCGUAAUAAAUAUCAUUUUGUGAGGGAAGUUCGAGCGGUAUUUGAGUUAUGAGUGAUUAAUUGGGUUUCUGGUAAAGUGGGGGCCAGUGUUCGAGGAAAUAGUAUUUACAUAUAUAUACACACGAAGCACAUAAAAGCACUUUUUGUCAAAUAGUGGCAUUUAUUUACUUAAGUUCGCUGAGUACCAGCUGUCUAUUGUUCAUAAAUGCACUUUAAUAUGACAUAUUACUGUAUAACGUGAUUAUAUUUUUGCUCCAAAAUGCUAAGUUAAAGUAUGAAUGAUAGUUUAUACUGUAUUGCAAAUGUAUGGGUGAUUAAUUAUGGGAUGGUCUGGUGGCGCGAAAGCCAUUAUUUGAGCAAGUAUAUAUACGUACGUAAUCCAUGAGUAAGUACUACAAGUAAAAUUAAGUAAUGCAAGUAAAACGUGAAAACAUUUGUUAUUACCAUUUCAAUUACAUUUUUGUCUUUUUUUUGCCACUACUCAUAUAAUGAUAUUUGAUUAAAAAUGUCUUUUGUAAUGCAUCCAUUAAGCAGUU